AUUCAUGCGAGGAGCGAGGAGCAGCAGUCUGCAGUAACUGAGAGCACGAGAUGAACCAUCGUCGAAAAAAUCGAGAGAUAAACACCGCAACAGCAGUAGCGAGUCUUCUCGGCCUCGCCCUGUCGCGGUCUACGGCCGAAGCGCUGCGACCGGCUUUCGUCGGCUCUGGCAGCAAUGCUCCUCAUGGUGCCGCCAAGGCCGCCUCGGGUGCGGCGGGAUCAGUUCAACAUCAUUGCUCGUUGUUGCCAGCACGACGCGGCGGUAGCAUAGCACGCGCCGCCCGUCCUUACGGUAACAGAGAAUAUGCACGCAUCUUGCGCCUACGAGCGGCUGGGUACGGCGCCGCGUUCGGACAGGGAGACGGGAAGGAAAAGGAGGACGAGGAGGAGAAGGAGGAGGAGGAUGUUGCUGCCAAGAGCAAGCGAUUGCUUCAGAGAGCAGCGGCAGCGGUGCGUACGGCAGACCAGGGUCAGCAAAGAGAUCAAGGAGAACAAGAAGGAGAGCGCAUGAGAAAACGCGACGUGUUUCGGCGUCGGCGGCGCAGAGCAAAUGCGAAAAUUCAAGCCGUCCCUGUCCUCGACUCUUCAUGCGAACAGACCGCCGGCGGCGGUAGUGCAGAAGCUCCCAUCCUCAACUUUGGUCAGAGGGGUAGGAGCCGCAACAGCAGUAGCGGUGCAUGCAGCAGUGGUGCUGCUGUCGAUGUGGCGGCAGCAGGGGGUGGCCACGGCAGCAGUAAAAUUGAGCCGAAAAAGGACAGGAGAAGGUGGGGGCCAGCCGCCGUCGGCAGCGCCGUCUUCGUUACGCCUGUGCGUUUCGUGCGUCGAAAGGUUGACGACUGCAGAUCCUUCGUCGUGAGCCGCGAGCGGGUGCACUGGGCGAGCCUGGCCAUGGCGAGCUACAUCUUCGCGACUUCCGUACUUCCUCGUCUGCCUGCCGGCACGUCAACGGGGGGCUCUACCGCUGGCAAGGGCAGGAGCUACGGCGGCUACAACUACCACGACGACGACGGGGAGGACUCCACGCUCCCCUCGCCGGAGCUCCACCCCUACGACGACUCCCCGGCCAUGACCAGCAGGCGGCGAGGCGGCUACCGGCAGCGGGCGGACUACUACCACGACGACGGAGGAGGCAUCGGCACCACCAUCACCCACCUCGACGACCACGCCGAGCAGCUCUGGCACAACAGCCCGGCGAUUCGAGCCGCCGCGGCGGCGGCCGCGGCAGCCGCCGCCGAAGCCGCCGGAGAUUCUCUCGACCGAGAGGCCGGCCCGUCCACCCGAGUCGGAGCACCGCUGCCGUCGCGUGGUGCGGCGGCAUCUGAGCGGGAAGCUUGGGAGGAGGACCCAGGAAAAGAAGAACAACACCGAGUGCCGAGAGAACCGUUCGAUGGCAGCGGCGAGAGGGAGGGCUUGUUCUCCGAUGGGGACGGGUUGGAUGGCGGUAGUCUCGCCGUUGACGACAAUGGUGUCGGCGUCGACCCCGAUCUGCGCACGCACUUCGACUUGGGAGACCUAGAGCUUGCGGCAGAGAAAGCGCUCGAUUUGUUGCGAGACAGCGGUGACAUUUCCGGAGGUGAUGGCGGCGACGGCGCCACUGAGCCUGAGGCUGAUAUAGACGAGAGCGGCCCUGAAUUGCGCCCGGACCUAGAAGAUCUAGAGCUCGCGGCGGAGAAGGCGCUCGACCUGUUGCGAGACGGCGGGGGAGGGGCCAGGGGUCAGGAUAGCGCUGGCAGGCAAGAUGAUGGGGGCACUAGCGCCGCCGCCGCCGCCGCCAGCGUCACCGGUAGAUCGACGAGGGUGCCCGUGCGACUCAGCGUAGGCGUAGACACGGAAAACGCCGCCGCAGUGCCCGCGCACGGGGGUGCGGCACCCCUGUCUGCUGAUAGCUCCCAACAAGAUGCGAACAGGCAGCAGGAACAGAAAGAGGAGGAGGGUAAGUCCUCCUCCUCUACCGGAGUGGCGGUGGUAGGAGGCAAGGAGAAGACGAGCGGUGGGCGAUUGACCCUACCGUCGCCGCCGGCGCCGGCGCCGAAAGUACCGCCGGCGCCCGCUAUCGGAGGUAGCGGGGGCGGUGGCGGGACCCCGGGGCGCCACAGCACGAGCUUCGUCGCGGUGGCUGCGCGGGCCGUGAGCCCCGCCGUCUGCCGCAUUGACAUGGAGAGGCUGGUGGGCACGCGCCACGACGGCUCCCCCUUCACGGACGUGGAGACGGGUCAGGGAAGCGGCCUCAUCUUCAGCAGCGAGGACGGGCUGGUGCUGACGAACGCGCACGUGGUGGCCGGGGCGAGGAAGGUGACCGUCACGCUGACGGACGGCCGUAAAUUCCUCGCCGAGGUGAAGGGAAGCGACGCGCUGAGCGACCUCGCCGUGCUAAAGAUCGACAGGGACGCGAGCUUGGGCCAGACCCCGCUACCGGAGGUCACGUUGGGCGACUCGCAGGAACUACAGGUUGGUGACUGGGUGAUCGCCGUCGGCAACCCGGUCGGGCUCGACAGCACCGUCACCUUGGGGAUCGUUUCGAGGGCCGGACUCACACGCAAGGCUUCCUCCGCCAGGCACCCCUCUUGA